AUAUACAAUACGAAAGUUUCUUCCGUGAAGUAGUGAGGUGUGGUGUGUUGUAGCGUUGUUUACAAUGGCGUGCUUUAUAUUCAAAUAUUUUACUAUUAUACUCUGCAUUUUGACUUUUGUCAAUUGCCAGAGGACUCCAACCAUCUCUCAUAUGACUCAAGAACAGAUAAGAGAUAUCGGAGGCCAGGUCGACCUGGACUGCUCCGUGCACUAUGCACAGGACUACCCGGUUAUAUUCCUAUCUACAGAAUCUCUGCCUUUGUCUUCCAACUCUGGUUUAAUCAUUCGCGACUCGAGAUUCUCCCUACGUUAUGACGACGCAUCUGCUACUUAUACUCUAACUAUCAAAGACAUUCAAGAAACCGACGCGGGUUGGUACCAGUGUCAAGUUAUAAUGUCAGUAAACAAUAAGAUAACGGCUGAAGUUGAACUCCAAGUUAGAAGACCCCCUAUCAUAUCUGACAACUCCACACGGUCCAUUGUGGCCAGUGAAGGAGAAAGUGCUCAAAUGGAAUGUUAUGCGGGCGGUUUUCCCUCACCAAAGAUCUCAUGGCGUCGCGAGAACAACGCCAUCUUACCGACUGGUGGCUCCAUCUAUCGUGGCAACAUCCUGAAAAUAGCAUCGGUACAUAAAGAAGAUCGUGGUACGUACUACUGUGUUGCUGAAAACGGAGUGGGCAAAGGAGCUCGGAGAAAUAUCAACUUGGAAGUGGAAUUUGCACCCGUUGUUACUGUGCCUAGGCCUAGAUUGGGACAGGCUUUACAAUAUGAUAUGGAUUUGGAAUGUCACGUAGAAGCAUACCCACCUCCGGCGAUAUCUUGGCUUAAGGACGAAGUACAGUUAUCUAAUAAUCAGCAUUAUAGAAUCUCUCACUUUGCAACAGCAGAUGAGUUCACAGACACGACUCUCCGAGUGAUAACUAUAGAGAAACGUCAAUACGGCCUGUUCACUUGCAAGGCCCAAAAUAAACUCGGUACAGACGAGGGUACCGUGGAGUUAUUCGAAAUGAUAAUACCCGUGUGUCCGCCCGCUUGUGGCCAGACAAGAUAUUCGAGCUCAGCUAGUGUAAACGCCUCCGAAGUUAUGGUGACCGUGCUAGCUUUGUAUGUGUUUUGGAUGAGAGUCGCCAAUACCAGACAUUAACUACCGGGGCUUAAGGCUUGAUCCAGAAAUCUACGGUAACUUAGCAUCACGAUCGCGCUCAUCAUCAGUACUAAUUAUUACAAUGAUAACAUACAUAUCUUCUAAUUUAAGUAUUUGAAUAAUAAACAAUUUUUUUCUAAAAAGCUAAUAAUUGGUUGUGAAAAAUUUUUGACAAGUGAUUUUUAUAAUAUAUAUAUAUAUAUUUUUUUUUUAAAUUUUGUAAAACUGGCCUGUAAC